GGGAUUUCAUUUAUGACAGGCUGUGAGCAAAGGUUACCUAAAUGACCUCAUGGACCCACUGCUCUUUAAAUGACACAUAUAAGACAGUGUGAGAGACUAAGGAUUUGAUGACUUCCCAGUUGAUGUCCUGAGAACCUAAAGCUGGAGGAAAAUGGAGUCCAAUGAGGCAAGUGUUCAAUACAACCGCUGGAGCGAAGACAACAUGAAUAUGCGAGUACCGCAAUCACAGUCCAGACUGACUGGACUCUAUAACAGUCUGUGCACUGGACGGCUGGGUAUUGGGCUGAAAGUGGCAGCAUGUUUGACCGUGGUGGUAGUUAUAUACAUAGCUGGAUACAUCACAGGAUACUACGUUCACAGAGGCUGAUGAGGACACUCCACAUAUCUUGAAGGAACUGGAUAUUGAAAAAACAGGCUGCUAUUUGAAUUAUAGCUACAAUAUGAAUCAUGUCCAUCAAGAAAGCACUUGAUUUAUUGAUGUUUAUCAUAGUACCAACAUUCAUCAAUUUUAUUUUAUUUUAUU